AAGAUGCUGUGCCUCCCAGUAGCCUUCCAGUUGCUGCUGGUGCUAGUGUUGUGCAGCCAGGGCACGGAGAGGUGUCCUUCGUCCUUCUGCGAGUGUUCCGACUGGGAUGACUACAAAAUCACUUGCAGGGACAUCCACUUCAUUCCCAACCUUCCCGAGGACACCCAGACCCUGAGGUUUAUGGAGACUCAUCUAAGAACAAUUCCAAGUGAUGCUUUUUCCAAUCUCCCCAACAUCUCUAGAAUCUACAUCUCCAUAGAUGAAACGCUUCGGAGUCUGGAGGCCCAUUCCUUCAACAGUUUAAGUAAAGUCACUCAUAUUGAAUUUCGAAAUCUUAGAAACUUGGAUUACAUAGAUCCAGAUGCCUUUAAGAACCUUCCACUUUUGAAAUACCUUGGUAUUUUUAAUACUGGACUCAAAGCAUUUCCAGACCUCAACAAAAUCUACUCAUCUGAUGUGAACUUUUUACUUGAAAUUGCAGAUAAUCCUUUCAUGACUUCGGUGCCUGCAAAUGCUUUCCGUGGGCUUUGUAAUGAAUCUCUAACUCUCAAACUCUACAAUAAUGGUUUUACCAGCAUCCAAGGCCAUGCUUUUAAUGGGACAAAUCUGGAUGCUCUCUACCUGCACAAGAACAAGUACCUGGAAGUUAUCAACGAUGAUGCAUUUCUGGGAGUGUACAGUGGACCAACUCUACUGGAUGUCUCCAGGACAGCCGUCGCUAACCUUCCAGCCAAAGGACUGGAAAGCCUUAAAGAACUAAUGGCCAAAAAUACAUGGACUUUAAAGAAAUUACCAGCUGUAAAGAUAUUUCUUCAGCUAAUGCGUGCUGACCUAUCAUACCCAAGUCACUGCUGUGCUUUCAAGAGCUGGAAAAAAGCCAGCGGAAUCCUGGAGUACCUGAUGUGUAACCAGAGUGGCAGCCACAGCUUUCGUAAGAGAUCAGUCAAAGCUCUCAGAGGUCCAUUUUACAAAGAUCACGCAGAAGAAUACACAGACCACACCGACAGCAUCUAUGACAAAAACACCAAGUUCACAAAUUUUCAUGACAAUUCCCAUUAUUACAUUUUUUUGGAAGAGCACGGCGAAGGCGAUCUUGGGUUUGGCCAAGAGCUCAAGAACCCUCAGAUAGAAGACGUCCAGACCUUUGACAGUCAUUAUGACUAUCCUCUCUGUGGAGGCAACGAAGAUGUAAUAUGCACUCCAGAGCCUGACGAGUUUAAUCCCUGUGAGGAUAUAAUGGGAUACCAGUUUCUGAGGAUUGUGGUGUGGUUCGUGAACCUGCUGGCCAUCUUAGGUAACAUUUUUGUCCUUUUCAUCCUUCUCACCAGCCAUUACAAACUGACCGUGCCACGCUUUCUGAUGUGUAACUUAGCCUUUGCCGAUUUUUGCAUGGGGUUGUACCUCCUCCUGAUCGCUUCAGUGGAUCUUUACACCAGGUCGGAGUACUACAACCACGCUAUCGAGUGGCAGACCGGGCCUGGCUGCAACACAGCUGGCUUUUUCACCGUCUUUGCUAGCGAGCUUUCCAUCUACACCCUGACUGUCAUCACCCUGGAGCGCUGGUACGCCAUCACUUUCGCCAUGCGCCCCGAUCGAAAGAUUCGCCUCCGGCACGCCUUGGUGAUCAUGCUGGGGGGGUGGCUCUCCUGCUUUCUUCUUGCCCUUUUGCCACUGGUUGGUGUCAGCAGCUAUAGCAAAGUCAGCAUCUGCUUGCCCAUGGACACUGAAACACCCGUGGCUGAAGCCUACGUUGUCUUCGUUUUAAUAUGUAACAUUAUUGCUUUUGUCAUCAUUUGUGCCUGCUACGUAAAAAUCUACGUAACAGUGCGAAACCCUCAGUACAAGUCAGGGGACAAAGACACCAAGAUUGCCAAGCGGAUGGCUGUGUUGAUUUUCACCGACUUUCUGUGCAUGGCUCCCAUCUCUUUCCACGCUCUAUCUGCCAUCAUGAACAAACCACUGAUAACUGUCACCAAUUCCAAGAUCCUGCUGGUACUCUUCUACCCCCUCAAUUCUUGUGCCAACCCCUUUCUUUAUGCUAUUUUCACCAAAGCUUUCCGAAGGGAUGUGUUCAUCCUGCUAAGCAAGUUCGGUAUAUGCGAGCACCAGGCUCAAGUCUACAGAGGUCAGACAAUCUCAGCCAAAACCAGCAGUGGCUCUUACGGGCAGAGAAUCAGCCGAGGGAUAGGACAGAUUCUCACCAGCAUUCAAGACCCAGUCAACGAUUACCUUCCUGCUGUGACAACGCAGAACCAAAUUCUCAUGGAAGAAUGCAAGCAAACUGAGCUAUAACGCCCCAAAGUAUCGCAGCCACAGUCUGCCCAAGAGCUGGUUGUGCAUAUAGUGAGUCAAGUCAGAAGAUAACACUCGCCAUAGCCUUCUUCCCUAGCCUACCCUUUGCGAUGUCUGGAAGUACCUUCAGAGUGGUCUUUUUUAGACAAGUCACUCAUUCGAACCUCUUGCCUCACUCACACUCUUAGCAGCGCAGGUCAGAAGAUACCGUUCUGAUGGCAAUGCUGGAAGUAGAUGCAAACACUCUAUCUAAAUAGGAAAACUAACAUAUAUAAACUCAGCAAAUAUGACAUACACCCUCACCUAAAAAGUUUAAGGAUGGAGGAGACCAAGCGUAAAACUUGGGGGUACCUGUAUAACUAAAAAAAGAACAUUUUUUUUGUAAUUACAACAAGAUUUAAAAAAAAAUAAAAUGAAAGGCUGAAGUUCUCAAAUGCCAGCUGCCAAAUGAACCUGUCAAAAGGUUCAACUGGUUUUCUAAUGGCAAAAAACUUCUACCAGGCCCUAAAAUGGAACAGAUUCCUUCUGCUAUCCCGACCUAAACACAGCUAGUCUGUUGUUUGCGGUUCUUGGUUUAGUUAGGUGAGGUGGAAAAAGAGGCCUCUCCGUAUCGCCUUUAGAGCAGCAAAAGGCAGAUGCCCUUGACCUUGCAGCUGUUGAUAAGGUUACAGAUAAGAAACUUUUACCUGUUUUUUUCAGGGCGUUUGUGUGCUGCAAAAAUCCCCUCACUACCACUCUCACUUUUUGAUAAACCUGCUUAGGAGAUGGACUAGUUUGAAUUUGUUUUGAAGACCAGCCUACCCGGUCAAGUUAAGGACGUUUGUAUUUUUUUGCCAGCUGAUACCUGAGAUAGUACUAAAAUUUUCUCCCUAUUAUCCAUUCUUUACCUGACACCAGCACAGUUCACUCUGAGUACAUUUUUUUACUUUGAACACGCCGUACCUGCUGCCUUCUCACCACUGCUGCUAUCCCCCCUCACCCCUCUCGCAGGGUAGAAUGACCUCCCUUUCAGUGCCUGCUACGUUGAGCUGCCUCAAAUCUACACUUGGACAAAGGGGGUGGCUCGUGCCUUCAGGGUACUUCAUGCCCUUCGGUUACAGAACUGAAGGCUCCAACGUGUUUUAAGAACAUCCCUCCAUCGCGUAGCGAGAGCCGUAUUCUGACAUCGGUACCGUCCGCAGUACGACUCCAUAAACCACACCGUCAGCUUUAUCUGUGGCUUAGACACAUACUCCCUGCUCUGCGCUUAACAAAAUCCAAGCUCAGAUACAAGAAACAACCCACAGCUUUUCGCUCCGGUGAUGCACUACAGCAUCCUUCUGCCACACCUGCUGCUAGACGGGGCCAGACCGAGCCUGAGCCUGGCUGUGCUCGCUUCAUCCAGACACCACAGACAAACGCCUGGUGCUCUGCACCUCCCGCAGGCACCGGGACCCGGGGCCGGAGCUGGGCUGCACCGCCUGGCUGGGCAGCACCUGUGGGGCCAGAGUGCCUGGGUUUGACAGCGGGAUCAGACCCGUUCUCCAGCUGUAGAGACUAGCUCUGUAGGACCACGACCAAGACUGCAAUUGAUCAUUUUGCUCAUCUGUUUGGGGGUAAGGAAGGCUUACCAAGAGAACAGAGAACAUGGGGUGAAUCCUUGCCAUCAGGUAGGUAUGCUAAAGUUCAUUUUGUAAUACCUAUACUGGUUUUCAUGGAAUUAUAGCCUUUGAGGAACUAUAAAUUGAACAGACAACAGUCACAUCUUUUAUACUGCAGGUUACCAGUAUCCAGAAAAACACAAUGGUAGAGCCCUCCAAACUGUUAGCUACUACAGCUAGAAAUUCCCUGACUGCAAAGGUCAUGUACAUUCUCCAAUUCAAACCCAAUUAUUUAAUUCCAUAUUCCUGAUUAUAAACAAAUGGCCGCUUCAGUGAGCGGAAACAAGGGGCAGCAACUCUCAUAAAAAAUAAAAGAUCCCAUCAUUGUUGAUGCCAUUACAAAUCUACAAUGUUGCAUUAUUGACUAAUUUAGCUGCUUCUUUUGGGGAGGGGCAUGCUUCCAUUUUCGGUUGAUUCUCAGCAAACUCUGAAACCUAACUGCCGAAAACCACACAAGUAAUAAUUGAUGACCUCCUCUUCUGUGAUCUAGACUCACCCAACGUUAAUCAGAAAUGUAAAGGUAGCUUCUUACAUGUGCAGACCCAUAAAAUUUCCUACUCCUGAAAUGGCUGUAUUCGGAAUGCUCUGGCUGUGCCUGAGUCCCCCCUACAAAACAUGUUAUGCUGAGAUGCGUAACAUCCCACCCCUGGGUUCUGUCACCCUCCUGACACUGGAAUAAUCAUUAAAGGGAGAAAAAGUUUCCUGAGUGCCUUCAUUUAGUAUCUCAGCAGCAGCUAAGACAAUCAAGUUCUAACAGACAUUUAUGUUACAGACUUCAUAGAUAGUAGCGUACCAGUGGAAAAGAAAAUCCAAGCUUGAAUCGUACUCUUUUUCAGAGAGAAAAGGCGAAAUCAAAGGUUAUUUUAAAACUGCUUUUAAAAGUAAUAUGGAUCACUUAUUUUAAACCUCUUUUUCACUUUAAAACAAACCACACUAUUUGUUCCAUGAAACUACUAGGACAUGAGAAAGCUGCAAUACGUUGGACUGACUGCAGUAUGCUUUUGAAUUAAUACAGCUGUUUGCUGUUACUAAUGGAUGACGGAUAUAUUUACCCACCAUUGAACUUUUUUAUCUCACAUCGUUGCAUUUUUUUUUUUUGUCUAUUAAACAAAAUUCUGUGAUAUUACCUUUAUGAACAAAGUUUUAUAUUUCUGGUUUAUGUCUUGCAUAUUUCUUCUUGUAUUUAACUUGGUAAAAAAUAUUUUAAAAGCUAUUGGAAAGAUCCAGGCAAUAGACUUUAAAUAAUUUAUUUGCCAGACUUUUUCUUGUAAAUGUUUGUAUCCUAUAGAUAUCCUCUUCCAUUUCUGCUCUUUUUGGUUUUGCAUCCAGCCUUAUGUAAUACUUGCUAUUUUAAAUCUGUCUCAGCAAGAUGUGUUAUUUCUGGCGUUCAGUAGGUAUCGUCUCUAGAUUACUUUGGAAAGAAUGGCAAGCAUUGGAAUAAAACGUUUUGUUUGAAACGGUAAGAGGGUCAGCAAGUUUUUUUCUGAAGUUUUUUAAAGAUUUUUUCCUAUAAAAGAAGUUAAUACUGUUUCUCUUGCAUUCAGCUUCACUGCUGUCCUUGGCUGGCCUACAGCCAAGAAGACUGACCACAUGACACACAAUUUGACAGAGCUCUGAGUUUUUUCGCCACCACUAACUGGGAAAGGGAUGCCCUAAGUGGCCAUCCUGGACAGCACGGCAGGGAUGGAAAGGAACCGAAGAAGUGCUGUUGAGCUCUGGGGUUCCAAAACCAUCAUUAAAUACAUCCAAGAUCAUCAGAAGAAUCACCUAACAGCUGUGAGGUCCUCUUCAAAAGACUAAAUCUGGAAUCUGAUCUUUUCUGUUCUCUUUACUAAACCCAGUGGCUAUGUGGCAGCCACAGUGACUAAGGAUGACUAAGGAUUCCAUGAGAAAGCACUUACACAGUAAGAAGUUCAUGUAGUAGAGAGACUCUACUGCAGAAAUUCUCAAACUAACUAAAUCAAUCUGCCCAUAUGCAACGUGACAGAAGAUCCUUCCCUCUCACUAGGUCUUCCCUCCGAGCAAAUGUCCUUUGUCCCAUUAUUUGUCAACAUUUAUGCUGCCAAACUUUAUGUUCAGUAGCUCUCAUUAUUGAGAUCAUCACUCAUCAGUGAGGGGAAAAAAGUGGUUACCUUUGCUACAUGCAUCCUUGCAUUACCUGGAAAAAAAACACUUGGGGGACAACUCCCACUGCUGAAAACAGCUGAAGUAUCAAGUUAACUCUUGACAUACCCUCCCUGUCCCCAAAACCUCAGCUGACUUCAGUAACUGCACACCUUGCUACUGCCUGCAACUGUGCUGCCCUCCUACGUGAAGUUUACGGUGCAAGGAAAUCUUUUUCUCAGUUGUAGAUGUUCACUGGCAUCAGCUAGGCCAAUUAAGCUUACAGGCAAGAAGAAAAUCCAACAGGCCAACAAGUGACAAGGAAUAAAUAGUUCUUUCUAGAAGGCCUAUGCCGUUCAGUAUGUGCAUAAGGUACCUGGAAAAAGGAGUGAACAGUAAGAUAACAGAGUUUGCUGUAGUAGUAAGAGAGUCAGAGCCAUAGGAAAAACAGAUGCCUAUGAAGAACUACAGGAAGACUUCUUAAGACUGAAUGACAGGCAAGAGGAAUUCAGUGUAGAUGAACAAAGUGAUACGCAUAGUAAAAAAAGGUCAGUUGAAAUCUUAAGUGAUGUACUCUGGGCUGACAACCCCAAUUCAGGAAUAAGAUCUUAGGGGUACAGUAAGUCCAUGACAAUACCAGCUUAUGCCUCCUGGAGAACAAAAAAGCAAAUCACAUUAUAUUAUUGGGAAAGGAACAGAACCUAAAAUCAGUAAUUAUUAUAUCACUGUAUAAAUCUGCACCUCGAAUAACGUAGCUCUUAGCCGCAACAGAAAAACAAUAUUAGAGGACUAGAAAGGUUUCAGAGUAGGGCAGCAAGGAGAGUGAAAGGCUCGGAGUUACAGCUAAGGAAUGAGUAAAGCAGGACCCCUUGGACUAGAAGAAAGAUGACAAAGCUCGAUAGUCAUGAGCAGGCAGGAGCAGCCGAGUUCUCGCCAAAAGCUGCUGCGGGUAAUAAAGUUUACAUGGGUUUAUGGAGACACUGAGGAUUCAUGGAAGAGACAUCUGUGGAAAGAUACUAAAACCACAAAAACUGUCUGUCUUGGGAUGCUUCUGAACUGCAAAUGUAUGGCAGAUGGGGAGUGUCUCAUACGUGCUUGCCUAUCCCAUUACGCUUCGCGUCGCCACACCUGGUGAGCAGCUAUCACAGUCAGGGCUCUGGCACAGAUGGAUUCUGGUCCGUUCCAGGGCAGCCGCUUCCCUUGUGUUUGAGCAGCUCCCCUAUUCAGACUGCAAAGACAGCUUCAACUGCAUCUGCCUUCCAUAGGCCUGACCGCCAAGCCCAGGUAGAUAAAAAUAAAAGAAAAAAAUCCAGCUGAGUGAAGAAGAGCAUACCCCUGUUCACAGCACUACCUCAACUGAUUUGACCUCGCAGCUCAAGUGAAAGGGCAGAGGCUAGCAGCCUCCUCUGCAAACCCUGCACAGAAAUGGGAAGAGCCAGUGCUGCCAUCCCACAGGGCUCUCAAUAGCUCUGAGAUUUCACACUGGAGAACAGAAAAUCCUGUUUCAGGGUGGCAGAGAAUGCCACUGUUUUCUCUAUGUAAACAUCUGUAAUUCUAUUUGCAUAAGUUGGUGGUAAUACAUAGACUAUGAAAGAUUUCUUCGUUCUCAGACACUGUAGCUGUAAAGUUUAGCUGGAGGCUUAGUUAUGAGGAUGUGGAACUUUCCCCGAGCAAUUUAAAGUGGCUAUAGCUGAACCUCUGCUAGUUUCCCCUCUCUCCACCUAUAGAGAGAUGUGGGGUUUUGACUGAGCAGGCAGCUGUUUUAGAUGACACCAUCCACAACAGGUCAGCUAUAGUCAAAGCAAAGCUAUGCUAUCCUGGAAGCUGAAAACAGCAUAAGUAAUAAAAGGUAAAUUGCAAAUCACUACCAUAGCAUUUUGGUUUAUUAACAUAAAUGAAAUACAAUUUCAUUUCCUUUCUUGCUGGGUAAUUUAAAUAUUAAUGCUCACAGCACAGUCUUUGGAAAAUCUGUACCCCAAAAAAAAAAGGUUUCAAAAGUGAAGUUUGAUUUGAGCAGACCUCCUACACUUCUGUGUUAAAAUGAAGCAAGCCCUCUUUUCCAGGCUGUCUGUGUAGGCUGAUGAGUAAUAGCAGCAUAAUCUGUAUUGUUUUCCUAACAGACGCCAGGCAUCCUCACUCUAAAACCACUCAGUAAUCAAAUGGUUUCUGGGUCGCAGUUAAAAUUGGACAGAGUGAGGCACAAAAUCAGUUGGGUAUCAUGCCUUUCUGUUAUGCACUCUCCUCCUCCUUGGUAGGGAAUCCAAAAACAUAUGACAUUAUACUGCACCUUGAUGGAAGCUUUGUGGGCUAAGGCACAAGGUGCUGAAGGGCCAUCAUCAUGCCCUGGAACAGAAGAUGGUUAAGAGGUCUUAGUGACGCACGCCGAGAGAUUCUGACAGCAUCGUCAACCUUGAAUUCACACCGGCUCAAUAAUAUAUCUGCAUAAAGCUGAAACACUUUUAAUCUGUUUAGUCAUUUCCAUCUGACCCGACUGAUUUCUGUGUGACUAGAAAUCACGAUGUGGAAGGGAGCAAACGGAGGCUCUGUGAGGUCAACAGGCAGAGUGUGUCACCAGCAGAACCCACCGGUCCUAACUUCCUAUCCCCAUCCCACACCUGCCUCCCCAUGCACACACAUUAUGAAUUGCCACAGCACCUGAAAUUGCCAGGUACUCGGAUCAGGCAGGACACCCAUCUGUGGAAAUUUCUGAUUUUUGUAACCGCCUGUCCUUAUUUUCCACCUCAAAAAUACUGAGUAACUAUUCCACAACAUGGGAAAGUCUCAUCAACUACAGCACAGGACUUGGGACCUCACUGGGGCCACCCUGAACUUCCAGGAGCUGAACUUCUGCAGGAUUAAUAUGAAUCAACUUGAAUCUUACCCUACGUUUUAGGUAGGAGUUUUCUGUGCUGUCCUGAUUAUAUGCAGUGCCAAGCCCCGCAUGUGUGGUCAUCUGAAAUAGUAUCCUUACGGCACAUCUGUGCAAUUCAGCUGCAGGUCAUAGAGCUUCGUUAAUUAGAGGAGGAGGAGCACACUCAUUCUGGUUCUCAGCUAUUCACUACACAGCUGUGAUGAGGAGUCUCCUCCGGGUUCUCAUUUUUUCCUCUCUUUUAAGGAAUGAAAUCUGUUGUGAACACCAACUUCAUUCACAACACAUAUCUAAGAGCUCACUAAACGGUCAUUACAAAGCGAUUGGAAUUGUUACUUGCAUCUAUACUGCGAUACUUUCUAAUUUUGCUGCCAAGAGCCCUCCUGUUGCAAACACCGCGACUGGUAACUGGUGGGACAGCCAAACCCACGCCCAGUUCCAGCCGACAUGGCAGCGGCUUCUCUUUGCAAAGCAAAGGAAAAUGACAGCGCUCUUGUUUGAAGGCAAGGCUGCAACAAACCAAAUGCAAGCAGGAACACGGGUUUUCACAAAAACCUGCUCACUGCGGACUCUGAGGCACUGUCUGCGCGUCCACCUGCUCCGAAGGCUGUUUGUGCUGCACGCACAAUGCCGGUUUCAGUUUGUACCGAAAAGAAUUCCUGAAAGGGUACGUGGAUUACUACUGCUGCCUAGAGGGAGCCGUGGAAACAACAGAUCAAUUCUUUUUUGCCAGCUACAGAUUUCCAGUCAAACCCAGCAACGUCAGCGUGAAGCAGCAAGAAGUGUGUUUUGAGGAGGGGCAGUUCGGAGGGGUGGCUGACACGCCGGCAGAUGCACCCCUUCCCAGGAAAAGUCCAGGGGGAAAAAAAAAAGUUAGUUUUUUUUGUUUCUUAUUUUUCUCUUUCAACAACUAAGUGCAUUUGCACUCUAUCAGAUUUUUUUUUUAAAGGCUGGCUACCUCUUUUUAUCUUUACCCUCUGUGCUCUCUGUUUCCUCCUUCCCGAGUCUUUUCACUUCUGAUUUCUCGACUACGGAAGAAACCCUGUGCCCUAUUUGAUGAAGUACUUCGUAUUUUCUACCUACCAUUUAAAGUUAUUUAGACUACAUAUACACACACGCACAUAUAUAUAUACACAUAUACAGCAACCUCAGGGAGAAAAUAUAAAGCUGUUUAUGAAGAUGAUUUAGGACAGAAAAUUAAACCAAAAGAUAGUCUGAAUAAACAUUAACAGCGACUUGAUCUGCUAAAAUUAAGAAUGGCUCGACUUCCCCUCCCAAAACCAACUUAAGUGAGAUAUGCAGAAGUGUCUGUGAUGUGAAUGUAUUUCUUCUUUCACUAACAAGUUUUUAAUAUCAGUAUCAUCAUCACACUUGCCAAGCCAUUUGUCAAUUCUCUACGCAUACAUGGAAUUUUACUAGGUGCUGCUUUAAGAUUAAAACUACAUAUUAAAAUCAGACAAAUUCAGUCCACAUGGAACAGUAUGUCAGAAAUAUUCCUCCCAGCACUAACGCUCUUUGUUAAAAGCUCAAACAAGGUAGGCUCAGAAGGAAAGACCUUCCAUCCUGCAAAAAUCUGAGUUUUCUGAAAACAAGGCCACCCAAGCCAGAACAAAAGGCACCUGCAGUAUUUAUUUGCACAGGGUGAACUCUGUGCCACAUCCUUUUCAGAAGUGCUGUACCCCCCAGAAGACCACGUUCC